AUGGCGGACCAGAGCGCCCAAAUCGUCGUCACGGCCUCGGUAUUCCUCCUCCUGACAUGGGUUGCCGUCAGCCUCCGCGUGUAUUGCCGCACGGCAUUGGUGCGAUCAGUCGGUAUCGACGACAAGAUCAUGGUCUUCCUCUUGCUAUGGUGGAUCCUCGAGCUACUCAACGUCGUCUCAACAUGUCUCCUCAAGAUCUCCGUUGGCUACUUCCUCCUCCGAGUCGCACUCGAUCGGCCGCACAUCUGGAUAAUUCGAGCUCUCAUGGUAGGUACAGUUGUCUUCGGAACGACAUACCUCUUCAUGGUAGCUUUCCAGUGCAGACCAGUACCAACGUACUGGGAGGACGGGCCCAGAACACUGGAAAAGUGCUGGCCCUCGCGGGUAAUUUACAUCAUGACGAUUGCGGCGACAGUCAUCAAUACGAGCGCCGACUUCGUUUUCGGUGCUUUGCCGUGGUUCAUCGUCAGAUCCAUGAACAUUCCGGUCGGGACCAAGAUCGUGGUAGUGUGCAUCUUGGGGCUGGCUGCUGUAGGAAGUACUGCGACUAUUGUUAGAGCGUUCUAUAUCCCGACGUUACUGGACGGCGAGGAUUUUCUUUACGGAACCUCCAACUUUGCGAUAUGGAGUACAGUAGAGCCGGGGAUAGGCAUCGUAGCAGCCUCGAUAGCAACGUUACGACCUCUGUAUCAAAUGAUGCUUGCCAAGAUGGGUCGUUCAUCGGUUUACCGUCAACGACGAGACAGAUUGGAAAGACAACAGGCUCGCAGGAAUGAGACGAGUCGGGUGGUGCGACAGGCACACAACCUCGAUCCGGAGGAUGGGCUGGCCGAUUCGGAUAUCACCUCACCCCACGGGAUCCUUGAAGUCAACCCGCCCUCUCAUCACGUCAGCAAACAGACAGAGUCGACGGCCAAGACGAGCUCGUCUGGGAUUGGAUCUCCACGACUGGGAAUGAGCUUGUUCGAUGUGGAUGUUCCAACGUCACGGUUGAGACUCAGCGAUGAUCUUCGGCGGACGAUGGAUAGGCCUUCUGAGGAGUGGUUAUCGAGGGUCAAGGAUUGA